AUGGUCGACAGAAUAUCCCAACUGCCAAUACCUAUACUUCACCACAUUCUCUGUUUCCUCUCCCAGAAAGAAGCUGUCAGAACAUGUAUACUCUCCAAACAAUGGCGCCACAUAGGAUCAACCCGCCCUAACCUCCAAUUCUCCGAAGAAUGGUUCGACGACUCUUCCGAAAAAUUGAUCAACAAUGCACAAAAGAAGUUUGUCCCCGUCGUCGUCGUCGACCGAACUACUCUACAACGUUGCCGUGAUAAAGAACGCUCCAAACGGCACCGCAUUCUCUCUGUCCUCCUAUGCAGACCAUGGCGGCGCAACAAUGGAUCAACUCGCCCCAACCUCGACUCUUCCCAAAAAUUCUUCAAAUUCUUCAACGGUACACAACAAAACUUUGUCUCCGUAGUCGACCGAACCCUGCAACGAUACCUUGAUCAAAACCUCUCCAUACACAAACUCCAUCUCCACUUAUCCAGUCCCAACUCACGACCGGUCGUCUCCCUUCCUGACAAAUGGGUCCCGAUAUUAGCCGCCCUCAACAUAAAAGCAUUGGAACUCACCUUUCUCUCAUAUACUCUGCCGUAUUACGACCUACCCUCGGCAGUCUUCGAGUCCCUCGAAGAACUACACCUGCGCAAAUGCAGGCUGAGACCGGCCGAGAGCGUGCGGUUUAAAAGUUUGCGCUCGCUCACCCUCGAACAGGUCCAAGUUGAUGGCGGCAUUUUCGAUACGAAUAUGUUGGGCUCCCCUUUGCUCAGGCGCCUGGUCAUUAAUAGUUGUUGGGAGUUGAGAAUCGUUAGGGUGAGCGGGAGCGAGGCGGCAUCGCCUGGGUUCAAGCACUUUGAGUUGUGUGAUUCCAAGAAAAUUGGAGGGCGUAGCAUCGAAAUCGAUGUACCGAAUCUCGAGACGGUCUCCAUAAGGGCCCCAUGGCGUUUGUGUCACCGCCAAAGCGCAUUAUGGUUCUCUCUCACGAGAUUGAGUCUCAAUAGUGUGAUCCUGUCGAGUGAGUUGUUCGACGUGUUAUCGUUCGGCUGCCCCACUCUUGCGAGCUUGGCCCUAGAUAAUUGUUCUGGUUUCGAGGAAUUCCAUCUUGCAAGUGAUUCGGUCAAGUUCUUGCGCAUCUCGACAAGAAAUAUACCACUUAAAGGAGUUACGAUUUGUGCUCCGAACAUUCUCAGUUUUACAUUCAAUGCCGGUAUUCCCCAGGUGCCAGACACAUUCUCUAUUGCGAAAACUAUUUCCAAGGAGUGCUACUCAUAUGUAAUCCUCUCUUCUUCAUGUGAGGAUGAUCCAGAUUUCGACGUCAAUUUGUGGUUCUAUAAGCUGAGACGAUUGCUCAAGGCACUAAGAGGGUCUCGAAUUUCUCUGAUUCUGCAUAUGAACGGCGGCCCACUGGACGUGCCGUGCAGUGCUGUCGACUGCAGUCAUCUUCUCAGUAACCGUCCGCCUGUGGUGGUGGAGGAUUUGACACUUAAUACUCGUAAAUGUCGCACGCCAUCUUGGUACUCGGGCUUUAUGAAUGGCUUGUUUCGUGUUUGUCGACCGAGGCUCAUAUGGGGUUGUAGGAACAGCAGGCUCUUGGAGUUUCAUAUCAACAUCUUGCUUGCAAACAAAAGCCCGGAGACUGAGCCCUACUCUUGGCAGCACCAACUGGAGCAAGUUCACGUGAAAACCAUCGAUGGGAAGAUAUGGCAGCUUGUGCAGUGGACGAACCAGUCGGAAUUGAGAAACAGGACGUAUGACAGGAUAAUGUGCCUUAAUUUGAAGUGGAGAGAUCAGAAGACGGCAUAA